AUGGCGGUGCCAAUUAUUGGGAAAUUCUGUGCUGAGUAUAGGCUGCCCAAUGAAUUUGCUAAUGCAUUCACAAGGCACCCAGGCAUCUUCUAUGUAUCACUUAAGGGUGGCAUCAAGACAGCAGUAUUGAGGGAAGCCUAUGAUCAGAACGGGGUGCUUGUGGAUAGAGACCCAAUGCUUGAGCUGAAGGAGAGAUUUGUGGCAAUCAUGGAAGAGGGGCAUAAGCAGUAUUUAGAGGACUUGAAUAGGAAGAGAGAGGCACUGCAGAAAUUCAGGGAGGAUGCAGGUUGCAAGGAUGCAAAAGCAGAGAUUGAGGAUCAGCUUGAGGAGGAAUGGCACAGUGAGGAUUCAGAAGGAGAUGAUGACACAGAUGAUGCUUAUGUGCAGUAG